GUCUUCCCGACAUUUUUGACGCUUUUCAACUUUAGUAUGCAUUAAGUUUUUUGUUAUCAUUUCGGACAUUUUGCCUGUUCAAUUUCGUACACAAUGGCCUCUUUGGAACAAAAACCUUCGGACGCAAAUUGUAAAGACUGCGAUCAUGGUUCCUUCGGAGACAGACAGACGCUUGCUCAUUUCCAACGAGACGACCAACCACACUUGCAACAAGCAGGCCGAAAGCCAGUCGACACCAGAUGCGAGGUGGCUUUGAAGGGCAUUCUGAAGAAACCUCAGCACUUCCAGCCCAAAUACCAAUGCCUCUGCCAUCCGGCCCAAGCUCAGUUGGAAGCGAACCAAGUGGAUUCAAAGCCUAAUGCAGUGAGUGCAAUAAGAGAGCACGUCGGUGGUACGACGAAAGAACCCUCCCCGGAUAUACCCGAAAUUCUUGGGGACGGCGAACGUCCCUGCUAUUUACCGCAACCCGGCGAUGAGUUUCUUCAAGAAGCUGAUCCGAUGAUGGAUCCGGUGGGACCGUGGGCCACCGGCAGGGUAGAUUGGGGCCCCAUGAAUGGUUUGACUGGAACCAGACCGGUCGUCGACAAGUACUCGAUCACCAAGUUCAGCGAAGGCGAAUGGAGGUCGCACAACAAGGAAAUAUUGGAGCGGUGUUCGACCGAAAAUCACAGGGCCAAACUGGUAGAUUGGAACGGAAUGAAUUGCGUUAAGACGGUGGCUACGAAGUCUGAUGAGGACACUCAGAACAGUUCUAAACAUUUGAACCAGCGCGAAUUGGAUAUUCACAGAUGGCAAUGCGAAUUGGAGCGGGCUAUUUCGGCGGCUUCGGAAGAGAUUUCGUUUAUGGAGGAACAGAGGCAACGUCUGAAGAAAGCUAGUUCCGUGCUUCAAAUGCCGGAAGCAAUAGCUGGCGAAUGUUUGGAAAGACGAACGGGUCGAUGGGAUACAGAGUUGGUAAGGGACGAAGUGGAGGUCGAGCUGAUAAAGGAGCUCGCUUUAACAGCAGAGAUUCGAGAAAUAUUUACUAGAACUUUGAAGGAUAUUGAAGCCCAAUUAGUCGAAGAUAAGACAGUAAAGGCCAGACUAGAGUACGAUUGGAGUGACAAAAGCUUUGCACAUCAUAUAGUAACAACAAACUUGGCCCUGAACCCUAGUAGUAAUGUACUCAUGUUUAAGCCAGGUUCUGUAAUUUGUCCAGAAGGCCAGUCAACUGUGGACUAUUGGGAGCAUUUCACCAGGGAGAUUUUGCAAGAAGGAGAGGCCACGAGACAAAGAUCUGUAACGUUAAGAAACACCUUGGAUGCGAUUCUUCAUAAGGCGUCUAACGAUUUACGAUCUCAAGCUGAUAGCGUUGAAAAGGCCCUGUCUAAGAGAAUUGCUUGCAAUGAGGAAGUCACCAUAAGACUAGAUAAAGAUCUCAAAAGAAUUCUACAAAAGCUAGCAAACGUAGAAAAUACCAUCAACGAAAUAAAAGCUGCUCUUAGAAGACUGGACUAUCCAUGCAAACUUGCUCAAACUCGUCUGGAUAAUAGAAGUGUUAGGCCAAGAGUAGAAAAUUGUCGAGAUGAUGCUCAAUAUGCGCUGUUGGACGAAAUAAAGAAGAUAAAUGAAAAUGAAGCCGCUUUAAUUGCUCAACUCAAACAGGCAGAAGAUUCUCAAACCCUGUUAGUUAAUGCGAGGGGCGAAAUGGAAAGAGAAUUGAUGAUUAAGCGGAAAACAUUAGAAAUUGACCGUGACAGAACAACUCGCAUUAGAUCUUUCUAUCCAACAUCUUCUGAAUUGACUGGGAACUGAUGUGUUCGGAAAUGAUGACAUGUUUUAAAAUUCCAAAAUGUUUUAAACAAUUUUUUCUUUGUUUGGGGUUGGACAAUAAAAUUUAUUGGUGAUUUAUAAAUUAAAAAA